AUGAUCAUUGUUGAGUUGCCUACUAUCACCGCUACAAGAAACGAUAAUGAAAUCAUCACAAGACUCGAUAUGAUGAAUGAAAAAAUUGAAGAUUUAAGAAAAGAUAAAUCUGUAAUACAAAUAUUAAGCGUAAAAGAAGAAGAAUACUUGGCAAAGUAUACUGAGCUUGAUUAUAAAUUAACAACUCUUGAAAUUGAACUUCCAGGCCUUGACAUAUUGGACUAG